UGGUACUUGGUAAAGCUGAGCCGGUCAAUGUGGCUUGCAAAACGUGAUGAAUGUGUCGUUAUAGGAAGUAUAAAGCAUACAAAGAGAUGAAUAGUGAAAACUUCACCCUGAGUGAGAGGAUAGUGUCCCCCUCAUACAUCCGGCAGGGAUCCCAGGCACGCAGGAGCCACGAACAGCUUAUAAGGCAAUUGUUGGAACAGGGAAAGUGUCCAGAGGAGGGAUGGAGCGAAAGUACCAUAGAGCUCUUUCUGAAUGAGCUUGCUGUAAUGGACAGCAAUAACUUCCUGGGCAACUGUGGCGUGGGUGAGAGGGAAGGUCGCGUGAUGUCAGGCCUAGUGGCCAGACGACAUUACAGAUUGAUCCAUGGUAUAGGUCGGUCAGGAGACAUUGCUGCUGUUCAGCCCAAAGCAGCAGGAUCCAGCCUGCUCAACAAGCUGACCAACUCUGUUGUAUUGGACAUUUUAAAACUCUCAGGUGUGCGGAGUGUGACCAGUUGCUUUGUCGUUCCGAUGGCAACGGGGAUGAGUUUGACGCUGUGCUUCUUGACCCUUCGUCACCGGAGGCCCAAAGCUCGCUAUAUCAUCUGGCCCCGCAUUGACCAGAAGUCUUGUUUCAAAGCCAUGAUCACUGCAGGGUUUGAACCUGUGGUGGUAGAGAAUAUUCUAGAGGGGGAUGAGUUGCGAACUGACUUGGAGGCGGUGGAGCACAAGAUUGAGGAACUAGGAGCAGACAACAUUUUGUGUAUUCAUUCCACCACUUCGUGUUUUGCCCCACGGGUCCCCGACAGACUUGAGGAGUUGGCCACGGUAUGUGCCAAACAUAACAUCCCCCACAUUGUCAACAAUGCGUACGGAGUACAGUCAUCCAAGUGCAUGCACCUUAUACAACAGGGGGCUCGUGUUGGAAGAAUUGAUGCCUUUGUUCAGAGCCUGGACAAGAACUUCAUGGUUCCAGUAGGUGGCGCCAUAAUAGCUGGAUUUGAUGAGUCCUUCAUACAGGAGAUAAGCAAAAUGUAUCCUGGUCGAGCGUCAGCCUCACCCUCUCUCGACAUCCUCAUCACCCUUCUCACCCUGGGAAGCAGUGGUUAUAAGAGACUCUUGGCAGAAAGAAAGGAGAUUUAUUCAUACCUGGCUCAGGAGCUGAAGACUCUGGCUUUGGCACAUGGGGAGAGAUUGCUGCACACCCAACAUAACCCCAUCUCACUGGCCAUGUCUUUGGAGGGUCUCCAGGUUGAGAGUGACAAGGCAGUGACUCAGCUUGGCUCAAUGCUCUUUACCCGGCAAGUGUCGGGAGCCAGGGUAAUACCCCUGGGCAAGGAGCAGACCAUCGGUGGACACACUUUCCGUGGAUUUAUGUCUCACUCGGAAUCCUACCCUUGUCCCUACCUCAAUGCUGCCGCCGCAGUCGGCAUCGCGCAUGAAGACGUGACACUGUGCAUCAAAAGGCUGGACAAGUGCCUGAAGGCCUUGAAGAAAGAGAACAGUUCAACUCGGGGUAAUCCACCGGAGCACCAAACAUGCAAGGAGGAUUAGAUUUAAACAAAAAACAAAACAAAAGAAACGAUAACAACAACAGACAUUGUACCACUAUUGCAUUGAUUUCAAACGAUUGCGAAGCAGCAGUAGAGGACGCACUAUCUUCAUCAUCUCGAGCACUGACCUGUCUGCAUCCUGCAAAUACUUGCCCAGUUGGAAUCUGCAGUGGGUGUCAGUUCAUGCUUAAAAGUGGAUGUUUCGUGGUCAGGAUUUUAAAUCUGUGUUACAGCCAAAAAUUUGUCAAUGCAUUUGAUUUGUGCAAUGACGACUGCAAAUGAAAUACCUGUGGUGUUUGAAAUUUCCUUUAAAGAAAAGUAAGAUGACAAUCAGGAAGUACUGUAUCAUUUCCACUAUCUGAAGAUAAUUUCAGGGUAAGUCACUAAAGUGUAACAUAAGCCUGUCUAAAGACUGCUGCCUCGAUGUGAUAUGUCUGGAUUUGUUGAAAAUGCUUUUCUCAUGAUGCAUAAUGGAUUUAAGACUGACUUUUAAGAUUAUAAUCCCUUCGUGAAAGCUCAGCUUUGUUUCCUCAAUGGCAUCGUCAGCGGGCUAAUGCUGUCUAACACCUUUUGGGUGUGACGAUUAACUUAGCAAACAUUUGGAUAUCUUGUAAAAGCGUGAUGGAAAGCAUGACUUCAUGAUCAAGCCUCUUAUUUCAUCUGACCUAUAUAGGUUGGCACAAUGCCGGUGUAUUCCAUGAAUUCUGAAUGUUAAUAUUUCAAUAUAUUUGUAAUACAUAACCUCUUGAAGUGAUUUUUUUUAAAAUCCAUAUGAUAAAUACAU